UUCCUUGAUGUCAUUAAAGAAAUCGACGAAAUCGCAGAUGUCUUCGUCAUCGUCGGUACCGUCAACGUUCUCUACAACCAGCAAAGCAGUCUCGUCGCACAGCAUGGAAGAGAUGAUUCUGCAUCCAAAUCUACCGAAAAAGAAGGCGCUGCGGAAGAUUCGGCCAAGCAACCGCUCGUAGGAAAGGAUUUGCCUGUCGAAAAAGGCAUUAGAGACUCAACAGAUGAUCCACAUGCUCCGCAGCAUCCACUAGGUGUUCAGCAUUCCUUGAUGUCGGUGUCCAAAGAUUUUGUGCCGCUGUCAGCCGAGAGAAGUUGGCCUUUUCUGUAA